AUGGGAGAAGAAACGAAAAGGUAUGCAGUAGUGACAGGAGCUAAUAAGGGGAUUGGUUAUGGAAUAUGCAAGAAAUUGGCUUCAAAUGGUAUUGUGGUAGUGCUUACAGCUAGAAAUGAGAAAAGGGGUUUGGAAGCUGUGGAAAAAUUGAAAGAGUUUGGACUCUCAGACUUUCUGGUUUUUCAUCAACUUGAUGUGACUGACCCUCCAAGUGUUGCUACUUUAGCACAUUUCAUCAAAACCCGAUUUGGGAAACUUGACAUCUUGGUGAACAAUGCGGGUGUUCCUGGUGGAAUAGUAAAUGGAGAAAAUGUUCUGAGAAAGAAAAGGGGUGAAAUAUCAGAUUGGAGUAUAAUAGUACCUCAAACUUAUGAGUUGGCCGAAGAAUGUGUUGAAAUUAACUUCUUUGGUGCAGAAAGAGUAACUGAAGCUCUUCUUCCCCUCCUUCAACUAUCCACUUCACCCAGGAUUGUCAAUGUCUCCUCUAGAAGAGGAGUAUUGAAGAAUAUCCCAAAUGACUGGGCAAGAGGAGUGUUUAGUGACAUUGAAAACCUCACAAACAAAAAGCUUAUUGAGGUGCUUAGGAAUUUUUUGAAAGAUUACAAAGAGGGAUCAUUGGAAUCCAAAAACUGGCCACCUGUUCUUUCUGGUUACACCAUGUCCAAAACAGCUUUAAAUGCCUACACAAGGAUGUUGGCUAAGAAGUUUCCUCAUUUUCGUGUGAAUUGCUUGUGCCCUGACUUUGUUAAGACUGAUUUGAACCAGAAUGUAGGCUUUUUAAGCAUUGAUGAAGGUGCUGAAACUCCUGUCAGGCUAGCAUUGUUGCCAGAUAAUGGUCCUUCUGGUCUCUUUUUCUUAAGGGAAGAAGUCCUUUCCUUUUGA